AUGAAUCGUCCGAGAACGCCUUACCGCACGCCGGGUAGAGCAAAAGAAAAGGGUAACAUGGAGCCAGUCGAGGUUUAUUGCCGUCUCAGACCGGUGGAGGACAUCAACGCAGAGAUCUGUGCUGAGGCAGUCGAUGAACGGACGUUACAGGUGUUUUCGCCUACAGGUAGUAGCAGCGGUGGAGAUGGUCUCGUUAUCAAAGGGGAAUGGAUUAUACGCUGUCUCUCAAAAGCUGCUACUAUUAUUCUAAACAUGUUUGGCAGUAUUCCGUUGAUAAGCCUAAAGUGCGAUUUUUAA